AUGUUUUCGUCGUUCAAGUCUCCUUUGUGGGGCAAGGGAUCCGUAGAGGUCGGGCCUGAGGCGACACAAGGCGAGAGUCGCGUCCGCCGACUCGCAAAGACCGCCGACACACUCAUCACGCAGCCGGUCGACGGCAUACACACCGUGUACGACGUGUUGGCGUACGCGGCACGGACUCACGGCACGCGCAAGGCAUUUGGGUACCGGGAUAUUGUGAAAAUGGUCGAGGAGGAGAAAGAGGUGAAGAAGAUGGUCGACGGGAAAGAGGUCACUGAGAAAAAGACGUGGAAGUAUUUCCAGCUGAGCGACUACAAGUACUACUCGUUCGUGGAGGUGAAGGAGAUCGUUUCGGAGGUCGCGAGAGGCUUGCUGGAGCUUGAGCUACAGAAGGACGACGUUUUGAAUAUCUAUGCAGCUACCGGUCCGAAUUGGCAGUUCGUCUGCUAUGGAUGCGCGAGCAUCGCUACCACGGUCGCAACCGCCUAUGACACACUGGGCGAGUCUGGUCUCCAACAUUCACUAAACGAACCAGAAUGUCCUGCCGUCUUCACCAAUGCCGAACUUCUCCCGGUUCUAGCCAAAGUCGCCGCUAAUGUUCCAUCACUACGACUCGUCAUCUAUGACGGUGAAGCGAAGGAGUCGGUUAUCUCCUCACUCAAGGCGGUGCGGGAGGGUUUCCAGGUUCUGUCACUCGACGAGCUCCGUACGCUGGGUCGUGGGAAGCCUGCUGACCUGGCAGAGAGCCGGCUGCCCUCGAAGGACGACGUCGCAUGCAUCAUGUAUACCAGUGGCACGACCGGCCCACCGAAGGGCGUCGUCAUCAAGCACUCCAACCUCAUUGCCGCUAUCGGUUCCGUGUAUACCCUUUUCGGUCGCCAUCUACAGGUCGACGACACGUAUCUCGCAUUCCUUCCUCUCGCGCACAUCUUGGAAUACGUCGUCGAGCUGUGCUUCUUGUUCAUUGGCAUGACAUCCGGGUACGCACGCGUCAAGACGCUCACGGACACGUCCGUGCGCAACUGUGUUGGCGAUAUCAAGGCGUUCCGCCCGACAAUCAUGAUCGGCGUGCCAGCGGUGUGGGAACUCAUCCGCAAGGGCAUACUUUCCCAAAUCAACAACGCGGGCGCGCUCAAGAAGUCCUUGUUUAACGGCGCGCUCUCUAUUAAAAGGGCGAACGUGCCAGGGCUUAAUUCAAUCGUGGAUCAGGUCGUAUUUAGUCAGAUCAAGGCCGCCACUGGUGGCAAGCUGCGCCUUGCACUCAGCGGAGGCGCCGCACUCAGUCGGGAGACGCAGGAAUUUUUGUCGCUUGCGUUGGUCAUGCUUUUGCAAGGCUACGGUAUGACGGAGACGUGCGGCAUGUGCGCGAUCCUGCCUCCUGAGGUGAUGCAGUACGGUUCUGUUGGCCUGCCAGCACCUUCUGUUGAAAUCAAGCUCCUCGACGUGCCUGACGCAGGGUACAAGGCUACCAACAACCCUCCACAGGGCGAGGUCUGCAUACGUGGUCCUUCAGUUACAUCUGGCUAUUACAAGCGGGACGAUCUCAACACGGACGAGACGAUUUUCACAUCGGACGGCUUCCUGCGGACAGGCGACGUUGGUCAGUGGAACAAGGACGGAACACUUACCUUGAUUGACCGAAUCAAGAACUUGGUGAAGCUGCAAGGCGGAGAGUACAUCGCCAUCGAGCGCCUCGAAUCCAUCUACAAGUCAUGCACGUACAUCUCGAACAUCUGUGUGCACGCAACGACCGAGGCGAAGCAGCCUAUAGCAAUCAUCAUCCCGCACGAGGGGCACCUGCGCCAGGGGCUCGAGUCCGUGUCUGGCGUCGACGCGAAGGCGGACUUCGCAACUCUGUGUAGCCACGCGAAGGUACAAGAGCUGGUCUUGAAGGACUGCAACGCCGCGGGCAAGAAGAACGGGUUCAAGCCAAUGGAGCUACUGCAAGGCGUCAUCCUGACGGCGGACGAGUGGACGCCGGAGAGCGGCCUCGUCACGGCGGCGCAGAAGCUGCAGCGGAAGAAGGUGGCGGAGAAGUACGACAAGGAGAUCAAGGAGGCGUACAAGGGGGGCAAGGACUGAUCGAGGUCGACAACGCUUGCUAGUUUCGUGUCAGGCUGCUGUAUGAUGUGUUGUUGUUUGCUAUUACUUUACGACCGAUUUUCCGCCAUAGACAAUUUUGCAUAUCCCUUUUUGGAUUCAUGACGCGUAGAUGUACGUUGGAUCGCGGGAGCGCUCAACGACAUGCUGUUGGGGGCUGUUCCUGCGUAGAUGUGUACUGUCCAUCUAAUGUUCCUUUGUUAUGAGGGUUUUCUCUGUU